CUCCCAUUUACAUUUCACCGUGGUGCCGACGAAAAAUCGGGCUCACUGGCACCUAAAGCUGGUGGCUGCUCUUGCUGAAUUUAACAUCUUCAGUGAGUGCCCGAGCCUCGAUCUCAGAACUUCUCUUUCCGCGCGCGCGUGUGUGGAAAUAGCCGUUAAGGAAUUUGGAGCUCUCAGUGGUUCCCGAAAAGGGAUUUUUUUUUACACAUUUUGUUUGUUUCUUCGUGAAAUUCAACACCCAAUUUCGGAGCUAAACCAACAAUACGUGCAGAAUAAUUGGUGUGCUGAGGAAUAAUCCCAUUUGGAAGGACCAUCAGGAUUAAAUUUCAUCACCUUCCUGAACUCUCCAACAUCCUCUGAAAGCUCCACGAAUUUUCUUUCAUUUUUUUUUAUUCACCAAAAUCAGUGUUUUGUGAAAAUUUCCUCAGACUGGCAUUUCCCAAGGCAGAGAGCAUAUAGGAGGCAAAAAAAAAUAAAAUGUGAAAAUUGUGAUUGUCAGGGAAUAUCGACAGACAGAUUUUCCACACUAUAGCAUAUAUUUUGUGACUAUGGAACAGGAAAUUUACGAUUCAAUAUUAUUAUUAGCCGCAUUAGCAGUCAAGUUCAAAAGUUUGGUUGUGCGGAAGGCGGAAAAGUGUGAUAAAAUCUUUUUCUGAACAACUGUGCUGCAGUGCCCGCGUGUUAUUAAUUUGUGGGUGAUCCCCCUGGGGAGUCUUUUUCGCACAGAUCAAAGGAAAACUCUCUGGUGGUUUUUGUGUUUUUGACCCUCCUCCGGCCCCCUCACAAAAAUCAUGUCUACAUCAUCACUCGGUCGUGAUGAGCGAAAGCCCAUGAUGGAGGCUUUUAUGUUCCAACGGAGGGUCCUCCUUGGAUGCACAGCCACCCUUGGGCUUUUCUCCAUCAUCUGGAUUGUGGCCAUAGCCACUGAUCACUGGUUCAUCGUCUCCGGUGGACGAGGGAUCUUCAUCCCAGAGACAAGGAGGUACUUCAUGUCAUCCCAUGCGGGCCUGUGGAGGAUAUGUCGAUAUGGGUUGGUACCCUUUGUCAUGGCCAAUUCCACGGCGGCGCGGAAUUUUACAACGUUAGCCUACAUCAAUGCCACGCAGAUUAAUCAGCUGAAAAAGACAAUUGCCGAGAUGGACUUUGUGGAGGAGAUGCUGAGUGAGGAGCUCCCGGAGCCCGUAACAGAGAUCGACGAUAACCUCCGGAGGCAUCUCUUUGGACGUUGGGUUCGUGGGGAACGAACGGACUUUGAGGGGCUCAAGACAAAGUACAAGACACUCGAAUUCAAUGGCACAGACGGCACCCAGGCAGUGGCAAAUCGUCGAUCAGGGAUGCUCAUGCUCAAUCCGACAAAUGUCUCAGCCCUCAAUGAAACCAUUGGGGCAGCACUGUCAACCAUCCCCAUCAAUGGGACGUACAUCAAUGUGAUAGUCCCAGAGAGAUUGAGGAGUGCCCUAUUCGAUGGAUGGGAGGAUAAACCCAAAGUCAUUCACCUUCUGUGGUCCUUUGCAAAGGACAUGGAGAUCCCCAUUGGAAUGAUCUCACCCAAUGGUACAAAGUUGAUCAUCAGACCACCGCUGCCGCCCAAGAAAGGCAGAGUAGACAAUGGCUACGAAUACAUCCCCUUCAAACGCUGCAAAUAUCAUGACUUCUCAUCAGUUGAAGAUCCCACAAACUUAGAUCCUGCCAUUGAUGAUGAGAUAAUCAAUUACACAAGAACGCAAGCCACUUUUGCCGUGCUCAGUCUCUUCAUCAUGUUUAUGGGCUUCUUCUUCUCAAUCUACACUUUUCUCAAUCCCCGCUACAUGUUUAAGCGUCUAGCAGGUGGAAUUCACUUUAUAUCGGCGGCAACGAGUCUCGUUGUUAUUCAGGUGUUGGCGGCUUCUAUUGAAUACCAAAAGGAACAUCUCGCCUACACCUUCCCCAAAGGCGCUACAUACAGAUUUGGUUAUGGGAUUUUCUUGGCGUGGAUUUGCUUCGCUGUGAACUUGAUAUCGGCAAUCAUGUUCUUCUGGUACUCCAAGAAGAAGAAAGGCUCCAAGGCGGCAACGGAUGAACUUGGAAUGGCUGAUGAACCCAUAAACAUCGGACGAUAGUGAUUUGAGAGAGAUUUCUUGCUCAUGAAUUGUACAUUUUUAUCUGUUUUGAGAGAGAAAAAUCUCCUUAAUUUGUUCUGUUACAAAAAAAAACGGCUACAUUUUUUUUUAAAGGAAAUAAAGGCCAUUCGAAGAAGAACAA